CCCCCCCCCGCCCCUGCCCCGCUCUCCUUCAUCCCUCCUGUCCUUCCGUUGUCUCUUUCCUCCCCGACCGUGACUUUGCAGCCCUCGCAGCGGCCCGGUAUUGCUCUCCUACCUGUCUUUGCUGGCGUGUGCCCGGCCCCUUCCCACCGACUGCUCCUUCCUCUCUGCCUCGCAGUUGGCUUUAGGAAACCCCGGUUUCUGAUUAGCCUCUGGGAAAUGUAAAGUCCUCCAGGACCCCGACCCUCUCCUCCUUUGGAACAUCGGAACCAGGUAAUGCGAGCGCACUUCCGACUCCCCUGGCACCCAGCUCACCUGAGGUUUUGCUCUGCCGCCCAAUGGGUGCCCCGAACCUCACCUUAUUUCGCCUGUGGCUUGAGGUCCCGAGGGAAAGCUCCCGGCCUCCUCCUUUCUUCUUCCCGCCGGGAGGCCAGACCACAGAUCGGGCUGUCCCCCGCCAGCCCCAGCCGUGCGGCUCACUCGGGUCCUGCUGCUUACAAAAGCAGUUGGAGGAAAGCUUCGUAUCUGGGCUCCUGAGUCUGCUUCCCCGCAGGAUCUGAAAUCGCCUUCUCGCCCUGUUUUGAUCUCAUGGGUCCCGCGGGUCCAUUACUACUCUGACACAGUAACCACAAAGGGAUGCUUUUGACAAGGAAGAGACACUGCCACGAGUGGAGGGUGGGUCUUCGCGGGAGGGCUUGGCGAGUCAAACUAUCCAGAAUUUUCCCGCUUGGCCUCUGGGCCUUUACACCGGGGCCGUUGGAAAGGGAACAGGGGUCAGGGAGAACGGAGCUUGAUCGCAGGGGUGAGGACGCACGUAACGGGUUAGUCUCCGAACCAGGCGGAGAAGCUGUCUGGGCUCCCGUGUCCCUCCAGGGACUCCACGGCUGGGCUCCUGGGCUCCCUGUCUCCACUGCGUCGUGCUCACACCCUGGCGCGGGCUCAUGACUCUGGAAAUGCGCUGCAGGCAGGGAGCGGAUGUUUAAUGAUUGAACAGGGUGUCUCCCACUGUGCAGGUCUAUAUCCACAUCUUACUUACUCAUUGCAACUCUUUGUGGUGAUACAAUUGGCUCCAUUUCCCAGGCGAGCAAAUGGAGUCUCAAAGAGCUUUGCAGAGACUGGCCGGCAGGGACUCAAGUGGUUCUGUGUUCCGGCGACGUGCGUGAUUGUGCCCUUCCACGGGACGUUUCUCCGGGUCCCCUUUCCCCUCGGCCCUGGCUGGCCCUCACGGUCCCAGGGGGUCAGCCACCCCACAUCACCACCAGCCCGUUCCCACUCUGGAGCAGCGUGAAGAUUUUCACUCGAGUGCUUCACUGAACGAUGCCAUUUGAAGUGCGGCUUCUGCUGAUAAGCGUGGGACCAUCUGCUUGGCACAUCUCAAAUAUUUUCAGCAGUGGGAGAGCGGCUCUGAUUUCUCCAGAGAAGGGAGGCUGAAGCCAUCCUUGGAGCUGCGGGGACCGGAGACCCCGCAGGCUGGGCCCCAGGGCCCCAGGAUGCGAACGGACAGCGUCCCCGCUGCCACCUCUGACCCUCCCUGAGCAAAUGGAACUAAAAAUUACCUGAAGAGCCCCUGCCCCCCGGCCUCCUCAUGGAAGUGUCGAACAUGACAUCGUCCAUCGAUGAGAAGUCCACGAACACCUCGACUGCCAGGAACACCUCGGUCGGGGACCUGCAUCGGGAAAUCCCGGUCGUGCACUGGGUGAUUAUGAGCAUUUCCCCUCUGGGCUUUGUUGAAAAUGGGCUCCUCCUCUGGUUCCUCUGCUUCCGGAUGAAAAGAAACCCCUUCACCGUCUACAUCACCCACUUGUCUAUAGCAGACAUCUCACUGCUCUUUUGUAUUUUUAUUCUGUCAGUCGACUAUGCUUUAGAUUAUGAGCUCUCUUCUGGCUAUUACUACACGAUUGUCACAUUAUCGGUGACGUUUCUGUUUGGCUACAACACGGGCCUCUAUCUGUUGACGGCCAUUAGCGUGGAGAGGUGCCUGUCUGUCCUGUACCCCAUCUGGUACCGAUGCCAUCGCCCCAAGCACCAGUCAGCGUUUGUCUGUGCCCUCCUGUGGGCACUGUCAUGCUUAGUGACCACCAUGGAAUAUGUCAUGUGCAUUGACAGUGAAAGACAGGGUCACUCUCGAAGUGACUGCAGGGCGGUGAUCAUCUUUAUAGCCACCCUGAGCUUCCUGGUCUUUACUCCUCUCAUGGUGGUGUCCAGCACCAUCCUGGUGAUUAAGAUCCGCAAGAACACGUGGACGGCCCAUUCCUCAAAGCUGUACAUAGUCAUCAUGGUCACCAUCAUCAUAUUCCUCAUUUUCGCCAUGCCCAUGAGGCUCCUCUACCUGCUGUAUUAUGAGUAUUGGUCAGCCUUCGGGAACUUGCACGACAUUUCUCUUCUCUUCUCCACCAUCAACAGCAGCGCCAACCCUUUUAUUUACUUCUUUGUGGGCAGUAGUAGGAAGAAGCGGUUCAAGGAGUCCUUGAAAGUGGUUCUGACCAGGGCUUUCAAAGAUGAAAUGCAACCCAGGCGCCAGGAAGACAAUGGCAACACCACCACGAUUGAGACUGUGGUCUGAGCACGGUGGCAGGGAACAGUGGACAAAAUGGUGGGACACAGAUCAUUUGUACUUUGUGCUUGGAAUACCACUUCCAUAUGUCCUAAAUAAGACACAGAAGGACACCCCAUCCCAUGUGCAUGAGAGACUAAUUAAUGAGGAGGCUAGACUAUAUUCUUGUACUGUAUCUUCUGAAAAAGCCUAAAAAUGUGUCGGGCCUCUAUCAUUUCUGUACCUAUAAAAAAACAUUUUGUUCCUCCUCAGCUCUUCCAGCAACAUUUCCCCAUGAACUGUAGAAACUACUCUAGCAGGAAGAUUUACAGAUGAGUACAGGAAACGUUAACGAAAGCACUUGCUGGAACUUGAGAAGGUGGAGCGAUAUGGCAGGAAGAACAUGGGCUUUGGAGUCAGAUCGACUCUGUCAUUUGCUGCCUGUGUGACCUCAGGCAAGUGGUUUGACCUCUCAGAACCCCAUUUCCUCUCUUAUAAAAUGUUUAAUAGUAAUAGUCCCCAGGCUUGUAGUGAGGAUAAAAUGGGGAGAUACAGUGUGAAUAGCGCUUGGCAUAUUGUCAACGUUCAAUAAAUGUUAGUCUUUUCCUCACUCCUUGAAGUGGAAGAAGAAAUACACUCUUCUGAUUUGUAACACGCACACAUACAUGCACUCAUGCGUGCACACACGCACACACAGCUCUAUUAUAUACAAAUAUUGCUGUGUGUUUUCAAAUGUUAAAUGUAAACUUAUGAAGGUCUUCUGUCUGCUUGAAGCGUGAAAGCCUUUCACAGCACGGCACCUCUACUGAAAACAUCUGCAGAUGUUAUAACAUCCAACUAGCCAUGUGUUAGAGCAUCAUCUGAGGUUGUGAAGAAACACAUUUGGCCACCAGUAGAGGAGUUUCACAUGACUUUUCCUUCCCUCUGUGGGAAUGCUUGAUGUAAUGAAAGUCUGUUGGGAAAUCCUUUGCUUGAUAUAAGUUUUCAUGAAUGGAACUCAAUUCAUGACUUUGUGAGGGUGAUUGUGAUUUUGGAGCCUCCCAUCCCACCCCCAUGAGAUGAAAUGAUGAAGUGAUGGAUUAUUUAUGGCCACAAGGUUCUCACCUGCAGCCAGAUGCAGGUUUCUGUGCUUCGGGCUUCCUCUCCUCCUGAGCACUUCUUUGCUCUAGUCUUGGGAGAAGGCACCACAGCAGGGGCUGAUGAGAGUGGCCACAUCUCGGAGGGGCCCUGGGCAUUUUUCCCAAGAAAAUCUUUGCAGGGCUUUGUCAGUACCUUAGUGCUCUGCUUGCUUGCCAUGACUUGUGUCUGAGUCUUUAGACAGUGCGUCCUGGGUUUCACCCGUGAAACCCACUGUGGCCCAUAGACUACGUUACUACGUUUCAUCUCGUUCUGCCCCUUCUAGGUGCCCCAUGAAAGUGGCCAUGCUUUGUGUGGGUCUAGGGGAGUAAACUAUUCACUCCCAUAAAUGAGCCCAUUAGGAUUUGUCUUAACCAUUUGUCUCCGAAGGGUCAGAGACGCUGUGAUGAAAGGGUUCUCUGUUGCUGUCUGCUUCAUCUCCAUCUUCUGACUUUGAAAGAAAUGACUGCGUGUGAGCUGAUCAUGGGGGCAACUUCAUUGGGGGAGAUGAUUGAGUCCCUCCCGCCCAGUCGACUUUGGAGGCAAGCGGCUCUUCUGUGGGGGAUGACAUCUGAUUCAGAAACCAGGCAGCUUGCUUUCAGGAGCCCAGAUGGGUGUGGAGCACUGACAUUUAGAAUGAUCUUGUUUUUAAUGGAAAACAGAGCAUCUUCCCUGGGACAGAACAGAAUACGGAGGUCAGAGCUCUCUCCUCUGUUUGCCACCAUCCCCCCAGUGCUGUGCUGGCCUCUGGGGCAAUAGAAAGGGAUCUGCCUCAUCUCAUCUCAAAGGGAUAUUUGGUCUCAAAGAGGAACCUGAAGACCCGUGGGAAACAAGGAGUUUUCGCCCACGGAAAAUACGAUGAACUCAUAAGAAGCCUUCAUCAAUUGCCUUCCUGCAGAUAAGGUGGGGAAAUUGAAUGUGACCAUAAAUAUAAAAAUUCUUCUUACCUUUUAAAGAGCAAGGCCUGGCAAACAGGUAGGAUUCAGUUUGUCAGUGUUGUAAGGACGAAUUCCUCUCUCUUACCUAAACCCAUUCCCUAAAGUGAACUAUAAGAUUAAAAUUCAAGCAAGAAGAUUUAAGUCAAUAUGCAUAUAUGGAGAGUUGACUAGCUAAUUUGUACCCCUUGUGCAUUUAGACACUUGGCCUGAGUCAUUGUAGGCCAGGGGGUGCCGUUUCUGAGAAUUCCCUGAGCCUGGGAGGAGUAUGUUCAGAUAUAAUGACUGUCCUUGAUGAAGGGAACAGAUAUGCCUGGAUGGUCUGCUCUGCCAAACUCUAUGAUGUGAACAAGCCCAGGUGUUCUAGAAUCAGAGAGGAAGACGCACACGUGUAUCUACAGCUCCAAGAUGGGCACAGAUCAAUGUUAGGGGAGUGUUCUAAACAAAGUGGUGUUGCCAUCAAGAGGAAGGUGAAAUCCCACCUUGUGUAGUAAAAAAGGAGUGUUUCAUGGAGGUGUCCUUUGGUUGCUUGAGGGCAGGUAGGAUUUCAGUGGGUCGGGGAGGAGGGGAUCCCCAAAAGAGUGUGGCACGAGCAAAGGCAGGCAGCAGCGAGGGAGAAGCAGGGCCAGUCGCUGUCACUUGUACGGGCUGGCUGGAGCAGCAGACCUUGGAGAUCCACAUGGUCCUGCUUUCCACCCCACUCCUCUCUCUUUGAUGCCGUUGUCUUUGGUCUUCCGUCAUCACAUUCUUCAAGAUUCUUGGAACAGAGUCCCUGGGCCUCCUCUCCACACCCAUUCUCACUGACAUCCAGCCUGGCCAUGGGUGGUGGUCCAAUUUCGUAUCGCCACAAGUCCCCCACUGGCCUCCAUCAGGUGGCGAGGUGACCCGGUGACCUCAGCUGUUCUCCUUUCUGGGCUACACUUGAGCCUUACAACAACUCACCAAUCUACUCCCACAAACAAAAAUCCCACAGGUCUGCCUUCUGACCGUGAUCUCCUGUCCUUCACAUCAUUCACUUUCUGACCCCCACUGCCUUGAACUUCUACCCACUGAGACCACCUGUCCCUGACCUCUGUGUCUGCCACAUCUACGUGUCCCCUCUGUGUCAUCUCUGUCUCUGUGCAAUGAGACCUCUGGUGUCCCUGACACAGUCACUCUCACUGUCCCCCUUGAUUCCCUUGCCCUUGCCCCCUUGCUCUCCCAUUUCCCCUUCGUCUGGUUGUCCCUGACCCAAACCAGGCUGCCGAGCAGCACAGAGAACCCCGGCCAUUUAAGGAAGGAGCAGGGAAGGGCAAGGGAAGAGGUGGGAAGCCUCUAAAUCUGUAGGCUAGGAUUAAAAAUGAGAGCUGGAGGGAAGGUGGCCAACUAGAACUCAAGAAAAGAGAUAUUUUCAAGAAAAGUGUGAGCAGUGUGUCCGGUGCCACAGAAGGUGUAGGUGGAAAAGAGCCCAUCGGACACGGCAUUGUGGAGGUCACUCGUGGAGGAGGGCUUCUGCACAGUCAAGGUCUUAACAGCUUGGUCCCUCUUCAUGAAUCAUGCCCUGGGCAGCUCUUCCAAACCCUCUCCCUCCUCAUCUCUCCGUCUGACACCUUUCUCCCCACUGCCACUCUUUCCUCACCACCUUGCUUCAUAGAUUACUGAAAGCCAAUCAAGGCCAUUAGGCAACAACUCUCCAAGGCUCUCCUCUGUCCAGGGUAACCUCGUCAACAUUGUCCCUUCUUUCUCUCUUGCCUGAAGAUUUCUCUCCCCUUCCACAUUUUCCUGUCCAUUGCUCUCUCAGAUAGUAGUCUUACUCCUGUAUUAGCAACCAAUGUUACUUUUUAAAUUUUGUUUUGUUUUAUUUUAUUUUAUUUUAUUUUUAUUUAUUUUAUUUUCUGUAAAAAGCCAAGUCCUGAUAGUGGUCUCUAGGCUUCUACAUGACCCAGUUCCCCUAACUCUCCCUGGGGUUAGUGGGGCUCCUCUUCCAGCCACACCUGCUUCCUAGGAAUCCUGUGAAGAUGCCAAGUGCACUCCCACCUAUGGGUUUUCACUUUGAUGAGCUUUGAUGUUCAUUCUACUUGGAUUGUCCUCCCCCCACGCCAGGUCCCUGCUCACCUCCCCUCUUCCCUCAGGCUUCUGGUCAGAUGUCACCUCAGCAGGGAGGUGCCUCCCACUCCCCUCACCCCCCCAUGGCCACCAGCCUCCCAUCUCUCCCCACUUGGCUCAGUUUCUCCUCAGAGCUCAUCGCAUUGUCCUGUUGCUCAUCCCUCUGUGGGUUUGUUCAUUCUGGAGGAUACGCUGCUGGAGGGCAGGACUUCCUUUUGCUUGUGGCUGUGACCCCAGCCCCUGGAGGAGCAGGUGCUCCUUACUUGCUGCAGUGGCGGGAUCACUGCUCCCUCCCACGCCCGGGUCACUCCCAUCUUAACACAAACCAACUGUCAAAAAACAAAAGCCAAUCCCUCUAGUCCUAUUCAGCUUCUGUCUCAUCUCCCUUUCUUCACAGACAACCUUCUGGAGAGGCUCCUCCACACUUGCAGUAUGGACUCAGCUAUGGUUCAUCCCUCCACACGGAAUCCAGCCCAGCUUGGAAUAUGAGUGACCUCCAUAUUGCCAUGUCUGACAGGCUCUUUUCUACCUACCCCUUCUGUGGCACUGGACACACUGCUCAUACUUUCUUUGAAAAUAUCUCUUUUCUUGAGUUCUAGUUGGCCACUUUCCCUCUAGCUCUCAUUUUUAAUCCCAGCCUACCGAUUUGGAGGCUUUCCACCUCUUCCCUUGCCCUUCCCUGCUCCUUCCUUAAAUGGUUGUGUUUUCCAUGAUUCAGAGGCUGGACCUCUGCUCUCUCAUUCUGCACACUCUCCCUUGCUUUCUUGAUCCAUAAUGGCUCACCUAUCCACAACGCUCCCAUCCCUCUGAUUGACCAGACUCUGCUGAGCUCCAGUCCUGAGUAUCCAACCACCUAAAGGACAUUUGGACUCAAUGCCAGGUGCACCAUUCUUUUUAUAUUCCUUUCUCAGUGAAUGACACCAAUAGUCACCCUGUCACCCCAGUGAUGCUCUUCCCUUUGCAUAGAUUGCUCUUCCCUCUUUGUAAUCCAGCAACCUUCAUUUAUCCAUCUACAUCCUGUUCAUAUGUCAGCCCCUCAGGAGCACUUUCCUGGGACCCAAGUUCCUGGAUGACCAUUUCCCACCUUCUCUUUCUCAGUCUCUCACUGUCUCUUUCUUGCCCUUACUCUCAGCUGAUGGUUUGCUUUCUUUUUCACAAGUAUAGAAGCAACUAGAAGAAACCUUCCACAUCUUACCCAUAUCACAACUACAGAUCUAGCUGCAUUUCUCUGCACGUAGGCUCCCUUUUUAUUCUGAGGAAAUUCAAGGUGCCCUUGGCUAAGGGGAGCCCCCACACCUGUGUGAGGUACAAUUUUGGUAGGUACAAUUUUCACAGAAAAAUUAUUCCAAAAAUUAUUAACUUUUUCCUGUGACUGAAAAUGAAAAUUUGUCACUUCUCAAGGAUCUAUGGGUUGACUGAGCUCAGCUGCGUGCUGUCCAAUUGGGGUCUCUUGUAGCUGCGGCCAGAUGUUGGUGGAGGCAGCAGGGGUCUGAAGGCUGUACAGGGUGGGGCAUCCAAGAUGGCACACUCUUAGCGUUGAUAGAUGGCUGUGGGCUCAGUUGGAGAGAUUGUCCAGAGUUCCUACACUUGAUCUCUUGGUGUGGCUGGAGUUUCUUACAACAUGGCAACUGUCUUCUGACAGGAACCUUCCUGAGAAUAAACUUUUCCAAGAGGCCAAAAAUCAACUGCUGUUUUCCCACUUACUUAAACCAAUUAGCAUGUGGUUGAAACUACAAGUUUUUUCCCUCCUGUUUCAUUGACAUAUAAUUGACAGAUAACAUCGCAUUAGUUUUAGGUGCACAACAUUACAAUAAAUUUUGAUAAAGGCAAAAUGAAAAACUUUUUCAUAAUUUGAAUUUUACUUUUUGAGGUAAUGUAUUAAGCUUUCCACCCCCCCCCCCGCCCCCCAGGAUUUACUAUGAAAUUUUGGUCCUCAUUUUAAUAAGAUUCCCUUUUAACAAACUUUUACUAAAACUAGUCAUCCUUGGAUAAGGAGAUCUUCCUAUGCUAAUUAUUAUUUUUAAAUGUGUACAUAUGAGUGUUAACACAAAGAGUUGAGAUGUCAAAGAGACUCAGUGUGAAGUACAGAUCUUACCCAACAGAAAGCUGAUGAUUCAAAUGAUACAGGCAAGUACAGACACAGAUGAAACUGUUUUUUGGAGGAGCCCCAAACUGAGAAUCAGAUCCCAAAACACUCCCUUCUAUACGAGAAUGUAGUUUAGCUCUAGACUGGUGAGUUUCAAGCAACGUAGAUAAACACAUUGUUUUUGAAGGAAGGCAGUUAGGUUUGGGGUAUUCUGUUUAUCAUACAGAAAAUGUGUGUGUCACUAUUCUGUCUUCUCCAGUCUUCUGUGCCCCGUAAAUCUAUAAAUUCCAAAUUUACUUAACGAUAACCAGUCUUGACACAUCAGCUCUAUCCUGCUGAAGAUAGGACCAGUUCCCCAAGUAUAACACUUUUACAAAGCAGUCUGAUCAAGAUUAGUAUCUUUGUAAGGAGCUCUGGUUUAGGUCAUUCAAGGAAGGAAUUAACUGAGAGUUAACACUCCCUUUCUAAGGCCUCAGCCAACACCAGAACUGAAUGCCUGAGGCAGAGACCGCUUUUGCUUUCACUGUAAGGCAGGCAGAGAGAAGGGCCCUGCCCUUGGAGUGAGAAAACUAGAACUUAACAUCUGACUUUCCACCUGCCAGCUGUGUGAGAGUCAGCAAGUUCCCUGCGAAGCAGAUCCUGAGGCAAGGAUUUGGUGCAAUUUAUUUAGGAGGUCACCCUGAGGAGCGAGGGAGGGAUUGAGAUAUGCAGACAGGAAAGAGAGGAAGCCAAUUCAGAGUGAUUAGUGAGUACAGGGGCCCAGAACAGUGGACACCCCUGAGAGACAUGUGUCACCCACCUCAGACCUGGAGGGCUGAAGGUGGUACAGAGCCACUGCGUCCUGCCUCUUGUAAGCGAGGGUCACUCUUGGAGUGACAACUCUCAGCAACUCUGGGCAUGCCCUGUGCCCAGGUAGAGCACAGCCUGUGUUGAGAACACCUUGAAGCAGAGAGGCCCAGGGAGCCAUGGGGCAGGUGCAGGAUCCGCCUGUGGGUGACCUCAGGGGGGUUUCAGGGCUAACCAACAGUCUUUGCUCUAAUGAGAUCAAAAUAACCUGCCUCAUAAAAUAGUUGUGCCAAAUACAAGUGAGAUAAUGUUUGUGAAACUCUGCCUAAACCGGAAACAUCAAUAAAAGUCAUUCCUAGGGCACCUCGCUGGCUCUGCUGAAGUGUGUGACUCUUGAUCUCAGGGUUGUGGGUUAGAAACCCACACUGGGUGUAGAGAUUACUUAAAAAUAAAAAAAAAAAAUCUUUAAAAAAAAAAAGUGAGAUCUUCUUUGAAGAUAUUAUGCUAAGUGAAAUAAGCUGGACACAAAAGUGUGAUUCCACUUACAUCAGGUGCCUGGUGCAGUCCAGUUCUUAAGGACAGAUUGUAGAAGGGCAGCUGCCAGGAGCUGGGGAAGAGGAUGGGGAGUUAGUGGUCAGUGUGGACAGAGUUUCAGUCUGGGCGGAGGAGAAAGCUCUGGAGAUGCAUGGUGGUGAUGGGUGCACAGUACUGUAAAUGUACUGAAUUGUACUGAAAUAGACACUUAGGAAUGGCUAAAAUGGUGACUUUCAUGUUAUGUAUAUUUUUGCCACAAUAGAAACAAUUAGUUCUUGUGCUUUCAAGCAUUAGGUGUGCUUCUCUGUAUGCUUGACAGUGUCUGGCCCACCGAAGGGCCCCAAGCCAGUAGUGGUGAUGACAGUGAAUGAGGACAAACUUCCUCUGUCCCUCCAGGAGGUGUUGCACUGGCACUAUCUCCAGUGAGAGUGCAGACAUGAGGCUGAUUAAACAAUACCUCUCACAAUCUGUGUUUUCAAAUGAGUGUAGUCUUUUCUACAGCAGCCCUACAUGAUCUCAGCGAAGCCAUCACAGAGGGGCCAGAGAGCGACCGUUUCGGGCUUUGAUGGCCAUACGGUUUGUGUUGCAAUGACUCAACUCGGUCACUUUUUGUGUUGCGAUGACACAGCUCGGUCACUUUCUGUGUGAAAGAGGCCACAGAUAAUGCAUAAAUGAGUGAGCAUGGCUAUGUUCCAAUAAAACUUUAUUUACAGAUACUAAAAAUUAAA